AUGGCCAGACAUCGUGUCUCGUUCUUUGGGCUCAUAGUCGCCGCCAGCGUCUCAGCCUUUCUGACGGAGGAAGAAUUUCCCUGGCAACCUCCCGGACCAGGAGACUUGCGCUCGCCAUGCCCCGGUAUCAACACUCUCGCUAAUCACGGAUUGCUGCCGCGCGACGGUCGCAACAUUGACCUGGAGGUUCUUGGGGAAGCCACGGCACUGGGCUACAACAUGGAGCACAACACCAUGCUGGCAGUCGGCAUCCCCGCAUUGACGACAUCAACAACGGGAAAUAGCUCGACUUUUCACCUCAGCGAUGUCGAUCAGCACAUACCGCAAGUCAUUGAGCAUGAUGGAAGCAUAACCCGCGACGACAAGUACUUUGGCGACAGCAACAGCUUUAGCCAUGCCGCAUGGGGCCGCGCAUUGGCUUCUUGGGGUGAUAUUGAGAUCAUCGACUUCGCUGCUGCUGCCAGAGAAAUCAAAGCCCGCUUCGAAUGGGGCGAAGCAAACAACCCAGAGUUCAACGCCACCUUUGCGAGAACAGGCUCACUUCUUCAGUAUGCCUUGCUUCUGUCGGCAUUUGGGGAUUACGGAAACGCCAACAUGACUUUGGUUCGGUAUUGGGUCGAGCAUGAGAGGCUUCCACUGAGACUGGGUUGGCAACCACCUGUCAACAACAUCAACUCCACCAUGAACAGACUCAUUGCUGCGAAUAUUUCUGCCUUGUGGGUUUAG